AUGUCAAUUGAAGGGAUCCUUGAUCCGAAUGAUCCAGAAUUAAAAGAGUCAAUGAAAUUUUUGACAAUGACAACUGAGGAACGGAUAAAACUUCAAGCACAACCGUUCGAUGGUAAAAAAGCAUGUUGGGUACCAGAUCCAAAAGAAUCGUUUAUUGCCGCUGAAAUAGUUGAAACGCAAGGCGAAGAAGUUACCGUUAAAACAAGCAAAGGAGAUAGUCUAACAUUAAAAAAAGAUGAUGUUCAACAAAUGAAUCCACCAAAAUUUGAAAUGUGUGAUGAUAUGGCCAAUUUAACAUAUUUAAAUGACGCGAGUGUACUUCAUAAUUUACGUGAACGUUAUAAAAAUUGGUUAAUUUAUACCUAUUCGGGAUUAUUUUGUGUUGCCAUCAAUCCAUAUAAACGUUUACCAAUUUAUACGAUGAAAGUUGUAAUGAUGUAUCGUGGAAAAAAGCGUACCGAAGUUCCACCACAUUUGUUUGCCAUUGCUGAUAAUGCUUAUUCAAACAUGUUAAGAGAUAGAGAAAAUCAAUCUAUGUUAAUUACUGGAGAAAGUGGCGCAGGAAAAACGGAAAAUACGAAAAAGGUCAUCCAAUAUUUUGCUUAUGUAGCUGCAGCCAGUGUCAAAAAAGGAGAGGGCAAGAAACAGAUACAUAUAAGUAACCAUGUUUAUGUAUAG